UCAAGUAAAGCAUGGACCGAGGGCACGAUAAAAACAAUUAAAUUUUAUUUUUAUUUUUCCGCAUAGUUUCUUCUGAGAACAUAGCCACCUCCCAUUAAAAACUUUGACUACUUCUUCAUUCCUUUCUCGCCAUUUCCGUCGCCUCGCCGCCACCUUCUUCUGCCUCACUACUUACAUCGCCAAUCGAGACGGAAGCCGCCACCACUAGCGUUACCGCCACUGAUUAAGCAAUUCAAUUUAUGUUGUAAAACAAGACGACAUCUGAAGGAAGUCUUUAAAGUAAGGAGAGUCAUCUGGAGCGACACUCACAUCCGAUCUACCUUUUGUGGCGGGAAUAACUUACUGCGGAGUCACCGGCAGCAGGUUUAAUAGCCAUGAACUGGAUUCAGCGCAAGAUCUAUCUCUAUAAUGUCACUUUUGGUCUCUUUAUGUUGGAUUGGUGGGAGCGUUACCUUUUCAACACUUUGGUGCUUGUGUUGAUGUGGUUCAUUUUCUACAACGGGUCACGCAAUUUGGCUGAGCUCUGCAAGAGGCAUCUAUGGUGAAGCUCAGAUAUCAGCUCUAGUAGCAAUUUGAAUGAUCACAGUUGUUAUGGUGGUAUAGAAUAUUUAAGUUGGCUUGAAGAUAUCCCAUUUGAUUCCAUCUGGAUGAUACUGUACACCUUGUAAUGGUCAUCAUACCUUAUUAUAUUCUCUUUACCAAUAUCCUUGUCCUCACUUGAGACAAUUUGUGUUGUAGUAAAUUUUCAAACAUUUCUACUCAAUUGUGAUUUGCAAUAUUUUGAAAUUUCCACUUUUC